AUGAGGAAGUGAAGUGAACGGAAUGCAGCCCACGAGGAGGAAGCGAGCGAGAAACACUAAUCCAGCUGUGUAGAGCCGAGCAUAGCGGAUGUGCAACGUUUACGAUAGAUAGAUAGAUAGAUAGAUAGAGUGUAGUUUAAUCAUCAUGGCGAAGAACACCGACUCUGAUCGAUUCCGCAAAGUGGAUGUGGAUGAAUACGACGAGAACAAGUUUGUAGACGAAGAGGAUGGAGCAGAGAACCAGCUGGGUCCGGAUGAAGCAGAAGUCGAUUCCCUCAUCAGACAAGGGAACCUUAUGGAAGCGUUGCAUGCAGUGCUGAAAAACCCACCAAUCAAUACGAAGAAUCAGAAUGUCAAGGACCGUGCUGAGGGACUGGUACUGAAAGUGCUCAGUUCCUUCAAGACAAGUGACAUAGAGAAGGGAGUGCAGUCUCUGGAUAAGAACGGCGUGGAUCUGCUGAUGAAGUACAUCUAUAAGGGCUUUGAGCGUCCGUCGGAAAACAGCAGCGCCAUCCUGCUCCAGUGGCACGAAAAGGCUCUUUCUGCAGGAGGCGUGGGCUGCAUUGUCAGAGUACUGACUGCACGAAAAACCGUUUAAACAUUGACUGCUCCACGCCGCAAAUGGAAAACCACAGGAGGGAUGCACCUGCCUGUACAUUCAGAACAAAGACGAGAUUUUUACAGGGUGCUGCAAACAGCUCACAUCUCACUUUGUUUUCUUUCUGUCUACUUCAGUCUGCCUCUUUUGCUCAGUCUCCUUGCAUUGCUCACAUACACAUGUACAUGCAUACAUGACCUUUACAAUCUUUUUAGCUUCCCUAAGGAAGGCAUUGCACCUUAUGUAUUCUGAUUUGAAAUCUGUUUGCCGUUUUUGGAAGUUUUUUUUUUUAAAAUAUGAUUUGAUACGAUAUCAAAUUCGGGUUAAUAUGUUACAGUAGCACCAGACUUCCACCUGUUGCAGCCAUUUCAGCCCUUAAUGCUGUAUUCACUCUUUAAAAAAAAAAAACCCAAAGGGCAUUGGCUGCUUACGACACACAUGAACACAUUAUAUAACAAAAUGUACUGUAGGCACAUCUUAGCCUUCUGGUACUGCCUUCUUUGGACAGUUCUUCCUGCACUGCUGGGAAUUAUUCUGAGUGUUUAAAAAGAAAAAGUUUCUUACUGUCCAGGGAAUGACGAUUACUCCUAUUCUUGUGUAGAGUACUAAUGCUCACAUUGUUUAUAUUACUGGUCAUUUUACUAUGUCCGUGUGUAUCUUAAAGGGGCAUUCCAGAAUAGUUAUGUUAUUUUGUAUUACUAAUCUGUAGCUCUGUAAUGCAUCUCCUUGCAUUUUGGCAAAACUUAAAGCUGUCAUGUUUUUACUCAUCAGAGGCUUGGGUUAUGCAACACAACAUGGGUUAUGCAAAUCUAUUUUGAAAUAAUUAGGACUUGAUCAACCAUUCUUUAAUGCUGUGGACUGCUUGUGAAUCAUAAUGCUAUAGUCCACUUGCAUGUAACGUCACAGCCGAUCCAGAUUGUAAACAGACACCAUCUUGUCGGUCAAACGCCAUAUUUCCGCCAUCGCAAUUUACCGACACUGACUUUCGUUGUUUUUCGCCCAAAUCUGCAAAUAUUACCGUGCCACAAUGCCGGAGAGUUGUAUGGCAUAUAAAUGCCUCAACAGGAGAGGUCAGAAAUCGGGAAGAAAGUUUCAUAGGCUGCCACGGGACCCUGACAGGCGCGCAAAAUGGAUUGCUGCUAUCAGCCAGGCCGAUCCAAACAACAACAAGGCAUGGGUACCGACUGGAAAGAAUGAUCACUGGUGCCUGUGCAGUGACCAUUUCAUCUCAGGUUCGCCAUGUAUUUAUUCCAGUAUAUCCAUGUGGUAUCAGUACUAGUACUCAAUACUUAAGUGACUUACCCAUCCAAUGAGGAUUGUUAUUUUCUUGUUUACAAGAUGCCGCGGCUGACAAAUCCUGAAUUUCUGUAAAGAUAACUGUCCAGAGAUUUAUAAGCAUGCAGUGCUUCACCACUGAACAGCGAGGGAAAGUUAAUGAGGUAAUUAUACACAUCUGGGUAUUCUACCUCUGGCAGUUCAAUAUCCACUGACACGGUCGUGAAAACUACGUCCGGUAAUCGAUAAGGGUCACUAAUCUGUAGGUCGUUUAUUUUAGACAUAUAUCUAGUUAUCUGUUCAUUAGAAAAAUGAGCCGUCUGGUCCGUCGGUUGAAAUUGAUCCAUUUUGUAUAUGAGUGCAACAAUAUUCAGCUGUGUUGUUGACCGAUAAGAUGGCGGCUGUUUACAUUCCAGCCGGGAUUCGGUCACGUGACUGCAAGAGGUCUAUUGGGGGGGGGGGAAAAAAAGAAAUAAGUUACUCAUUCAGUUGAAGAAUGUGGAACCUACCCAGGUGUGCGAAAAUCUUUGGUUCUUGAGCUGCUGUGGAAAGGAAUUAAAAGACACUGAUUUCCAAACUUGGGGAAAAAAAUACGGAAACUUAAAAGUACGGUUGUCACUUAUACAGGGGGCUGCAAAAGUACACUACCGUUCAAAAGUUUGGGGUCACCCAGACAAUUUUGUGUUUUCCAUUAAAAGUCACACUUUUAUUUACUACCAUAAGUUGUAAAAUGAAUAGAAAAUAUAGUCGAGACAUUUUUCUGGCCAUUUUGAGCAUUUAAUCGACCCCACAAAUGUGAUGCUCCAGAAACUCAAUCUGCUCAAAGGAAGGUCAGUUUUAUAGCUUCUCUAAAGAGCUCAACUGUUUUCAGCUGUGCUAACAUGAUUGUACAAGGGUUUUCUAAUCAUCCAUUAGCCUUCUGAGGCAAUGAGCAAACACAUUGUACCAUUAGAACACUGGAGUGAGAGUUGCUGGAAAUGGGCCUCUAUACACCUAUGGAGAUAUUGCACCAAAAACCAGACAUUUGCAGCUAGAAUAGUCAUUUACCACAUUAGCAAUGUAUAGAGUGGAUUUCUGAUUAGUUUAAAGUGAUCUUCAUUGAAAAGAACAGUGCUUUUCUUUCAAAAAUAAGGACAUUUCAAAGUGACCCCAAACUUUUGAACGGUAGUGUAGGUAUAUAGUAAGGAUUAUUCCAGUAUUAUUAGUAUUAUAUUAGUGGUGCUAGGUUUCAUUUAAUACUAGAAUUCAUUAAAAGCUAGGGUUUUCGCACGCAAGCCAUGUUCUGUCGAUGCCAUGAUUCAGUUCAUACAGGAGGCUUGCCAGGAAAUUGAUGCUGAUAAAGACCUUUGUGUCGGAGUGUGCAUGGGUGUCCACACUCGACUAGUGGAGUAUGUGAAUGCCGGGGGCAAACAGUUUGAACAUUUGAGGGAUUAAUAUGUUCAUUAUUGAUAUGUUUGUAUAAUCAAUAAAAUAACAUUUUGUGCGAACGUUUUGUUUUUCAUUACCGUAUACCUACUUUUGCAGCCCCCAUAUACAGUAUUUAGGUGCUAAAGCCAUUGUCUUUAGACAUUCUCUUAGGCGCUGUUUACACAUACCUGGGUAUUUUUAAAAACGCAUAUUUUCUAAACUCUGUUUUCCAAAAUAACUUCGUGCACACAGCUGCGUUUCUUUUAAAAAUUACGUUUAUAUUGAUCCGCAUAAAUACGCUGUCAAGAGCUGUUAAACUACGCCAGAGUGUGCAGGCAACUUUUUUGACGACAUCGACAGAAGCACGCAUGUGAGUACACUCGCCCUGUAUGUACGGACGUACCAACUCUGCGAGUGACAGGAGUGAGGAUUGCGACAUUCUGAAAUUUUCCUGCCAUUCCUCCGGGACGACAACGCCAUUCUUGAAAUUCUCCCACCAGAUAGCAGUCCGUCCAGGUCGAACCCAAAAUCGCCGACGCUGGCGGUGGUACGGUCGGGCUCUUUUGGUCACCAGAAGCUCCGCAAUUGCUGCCCUCCGAGCCCUAAUGCGUCUCUGCUGGUCAAUGAGCUUUAUGAGCUUUAUUCUCAAAAGCAAACAGGCGAAUAUAGCUCUUAAUAACAGAAAUGCUGCUACUCUGAGAGUUUCCAUGCUUGUCAUAUGUACAGUGGUCGCUCUUUUGUGGCGCGAAGAUUGCCUAUAACUCCGUUUUGGUCUCUUUACACACAAACGCAAAACGGAGUUUUCAAAAAAUCUCCACUUUUGCCGGGGUUUUUAGAAAGAAUCGUUUUCAGAGGAAAAAACUGUGUAUAAACGAAAGGCACAAACGAAGGCAAAGGUCUGCGUUUUUAAAAAUACCCGGGUAUGUGUAAACGGCACCUUAUUUUGUGCAUUAAUGCAGCCUCUGAAAUUUCUAUAGCAUUUUCCUUUGAAUGAAAGGAAAUCAAAGAAGGAAGAACAAAUAACCUGGAGAAAAAAAUCAAUAUGGAAAAUGUAGGAACCCUAAAACAGGAAAAGUGAAAAGCUAAUAGGUGUUAAAGCUAGGGUAGGUAAUUUAUUUUAGAAACUUUUUUUUUUUUCCCCAUGAAAUUCUCUUUACACUCUGACAGCAAUUAGCCCAGGAGUAAUAGGGUUAUACCCGGAACAAAUUAGUAACAAGCUGAAAAUUUCAAUUUCAGAAUAUGUUCAGAAUACCUUUAGGAAUAACAUACUAAAAGUCCCCGGAAAUCUCCCUUGUGCUCUCUGAGAAAUUCAAGAUGGCGUCCAAAAUGGCCGCCAAAUGGAGAUCUGCCCAUAUCUCAGGCCCAAAACAAAAUAUUAAUGCAAUUAAAAGGUCAGAAUAUAUGUUUUGUAGGGUAGGAGAGUAAAUUCCAACAUGUAUUAAUUACAGUGUAUUAACAUUAUAUAAUAACAAUGUACACAUUAUUAUAACAGUAUAUUUGUGUAUAGUGUGGAUCCAUUGGCUACUCGUUCACUCCGUAUCAUCCUAUUCUGUUCACAAAACAACACAAUUACUAGGGGUUGGAGCACUUAUUUUCAUUAAUAUUAAUUAAAGUAAAUUGGUGGUGUAAACUGAAAAAUGGCAUGUUAAAAGGUCAUGCUGAGUUCAGUCAUUUUUAAAAGGUCAUGCUGAGUUUAGUCAUUUUUUGUCCGAACACACUGGCAUUGCUAGUAGUAAAGACUGGCGCUAGAAACUCAAAGAUUAAUUUUUUUCCACCCUUAAACAAGCUUGAAUAAAUUCCCUCCUUCACUGAUGGUACAAUAAAGGUCCAAGCAUUACAGCUGAGGCACUGAGAAGUGUUUAAGUCUACUCAUUGUUUAUAAGCAAGAGCUUUUAUUGAGGCAGACCUUUUUGUCAUGAAAGUCGCUGGAAUGUUGAAGAAGUGUACUGAAACAGCUUGCCAUUGUAGUGUUAGAAGAUAGAGUUCUCAAAUUUAAUUUCCCUUUAAUAUUUUAUCAAAGCUUAAAGAUGCACUAAAUAUUAAGGAAAUUGAUGUCUAAUUGUUGUCUUACAUUAUGUUCAUGUAUGUAGGUAGCCUACUAAGCUAAUCUGUCAAUCAUGUCAACCAUCAAAUUCCAUGUAAUUUCCACAUUAAUGACCUUGUAAUCUUGGUUAAUUUUAACAGUGUGACAAUGGUGAAUUUGCAUUGCUUGUAUGAGAGAACAUAUAAUUUAACAUUUUAAUUGCAUUUAUAUUAUGUUUUAUCCCUGAGAUAUUGAAAAAUCUCCAAUCGGUGGCCAUUUUGGACGCCAUCUUGAAUUUCUCAGAGAGCACAAGGUGGAUUCCCGGGGACUUUUAGUAUGUUAUUCCUAAGGGUAUUCUGAACAUAUUCUGAAAAAUUCAGCUUGUUACUAAUUUGUUCCGGGUUGGACUCAAUUUUGAGCUAAUGCUCUUGGGCUAAAUGACACCCAGAUAGGGGAAAAAAAAAAUCUGUCAUCUGUUGCAGGCUGUGAAAAGCCUGUCCAGUCAUUUCAUUCGGUCUCUUGCCUAUGCACUCAUUGUACGAGACCGGAUUAUUCCACAAGCCUAGGCAUACAUAUUGCGAAAGCUAUCAAACUAUUUGCACAAGAAUGGCAGACAGACAGAAUUUCCAGUUACACCUAAUGUUCAUUGUUGACAUUCAUUAUGAUUAUGCUAGGUGUUUUUCUUACAUGUGAAUGAGAGCAUUGGAUGUGAUGUGCUACGCGUCUGUCCCUCGUGGAUUCAUCCUCCAGCAGCAUACGUUCAAAAUCUAGCUUCCUCUUGCUGGUUUCCGCAACAUUGCCUACUCUACCUUUUAAUACACCAGAAAAUCCAUACAUUUGUUUCAUGAGACGGCUUUAAACCUCAAACGUUUGGGAUAUCCAAAGAAUUUCAAAAGAUGAAUUUAACAGCACAUUCAGGAGUUUCCCAUGGUCUAAACAAAGAAAUAUUUUUCUGUAAACCAUGUCAUGGCUGUUGGAGGUGAAAAGCCAGGAUUAUAACAUGUAUCAAUGCCUUUCUUUUUUUUUUUUUUUGCCUGGAAUGCUUCUUUAAGCUUUGCUACUCUUAAGCACUUACUGCCAAUUUAAAAAAAAAACAGGAAAAAGUUCAGUUGGGUCUGUAAAUGCUUUUGCCUGUACUCAACCACUCUCAGUAGUUAGAUUUUUUUUAAAAAGCAGACCUUCACUGUUGAACACACAUAGAACUAAACAAACAGACCUGUUUCACUGACUGCUCUUGUGACCAAGUGCAAACACAUUCUACAAACCAAACUGGUGUCCCACUGCCUUAUUAAGUAUUCCUUUUUUAUGUGUGUUGCUUUUGAAAAUGAAUAAUAAAGAUUUAUACAUAUGAUCAAA